CUCAAACUCCGGGCGACGGCGACAGUUUGAAUUCCUGGCGGUUUAAGGUGCCACUCUGUCACUCUCCUUUCAAUUUAAUUAUAAACGCUUUGUUGAGGCUUUGAGCUUGUGCAUUUGGGGAUUUCUCAUCUCUCUCGUCAUUGAGUCGAUCUUACCCAAAUUUAGAGGUUCAUCUAAUACCAAAACGCCAUAUAUUGAUUUGGGCAGUAGUUGCAUUUUGGCAGCAGUUAAGUGUCAAAAGGAAACUGGAUCUGAUUCAGAAAAGAAGUUGCACAAAUCUUUGGCUUUUGGCUAACUGGAGGAGAUGGAUUCAACAUUGCUAUUUAACAAUCUUAAGGCAGCGGAGCCAUUUUUCUUAUUAGCAGGCCCCAAUGUGAUUGAAUCUGAGGAACACAUUCUCAGAAUGGCCAACCACCUUAAGACUAUUACAUCAAAACUUGGAUUGCCAUUGGUUUUUAAGUCAAGCUUUGACAAAGCUAACAGAACAUCUUCAAAGUCAUUUCGAGGUCCAGGCAUGAGUGAAGGCUUGAAGAUUCUUGAAAAGGUCAAAAUAGCAUAUGAUAUUCCCAUUGUUACUGAUGUGCAUGAAACUAUUCAGUGUGAACCAGUUGGCAGAGUUGCAGAUAUCAUACAGAUUCCAGCAUUUUUAUGUCGUCAGACAGAUCUCCUAGUUGCAGCUGCAAAGACAGGGAAAAUUAUCAAUAUUAAAAAAGGCCAGUUCUGUGCUCCUUCUGUCAUGAUAAACUCAGCUGAGAAGGUUAGAUUGGCUGGAAAUUCAAAUGUGAUGGUUUGUGAACGAGGAACUAUGUUUGGCUAUAAUGAUUUGAUCGUUGAUCCCCGUAAUUUGGAGUGGAUGAGGGAAGCCAACUGUCCUGUUGUAGCUGAUGUGACACAUUCACUACAACAGCCUGCUGGGAGAAAGUUGGAUGGUGGAGGUGUUGCUAGUGGAGGUCUCCGUGAAUUAAUACCUUGCAUUGCAAGGACAUCAGUCGCUGUUGGGGUGGAUGGUAUUUUCAUGGAGGUUCAUGAUGAUCCUUUGAAUGCCCCUGUGGAUGGUCCAACACAAUGGCCUCUACGACAUUUAGAGGAACUGCUAGAAGAACUCAUGGCAAUAGCUAGGGUAAGUAAGGGGAAGAGACGCAUGGAGAUUGAUCUCACACCCUUUAGUGAUUAGAAAAGCUUGAAGGCCUCUUUCAAGGAAUGAUGGCUCGCUUCUCAUUUUGGUUGACUGUUUGAUUCUUCCUUACUUUCCUUUGGUUGAUUAUUUGGGCUAAUUCUUCCUCACAAGUCGCACCUCGCCUCGCUGUGCUCCAUGCCUCGUCUCUGUUGUUAGUCAUCCGUCAAAGCGUCAACUUUGUGCUUCUUCGGUUACAUUGCAUGUUGGUUUUGAAAAUUUGACAACGUUGAUGGUUAAUUUCUUUGUUGAUUGUACUAUGCCUCUUUGCAUAUUGGAUCUAAUUUCUUAUUGUUUAUUUUAUUGAUUGUUUAAUUGUUUA